GGCCGGAGGAAUGUGGGGGGCCGCUCUAGCAUCCCAAAUGGGAUUAGGCUCGGGAGCCAGGAUGGCCCCGCUCAUCCAUCUGUGGCUUCUCCUCCUCCUCCUCCCUGGAAGCGAGGGCCAGACGCCAGCCCCUCCCGGCUGUGGCCCGGACCUAGACCCCAUCUACUACAACCUGUGUGACCGGUCCGGGGCCUGGGGCAUCGUCCUGGAGGCGGUGGCUGGGGCUGGCAUCGUCUCGUCCUUCGUCCUCACCAUCAUUCUGGUGGCCAGCUUCCCCUUCGUGCAGGAUGGCAGGAAGAGGAGCCUGCUGGGUACCCAGGUCUUCUUCCUCCUGGGGACCCUAGGCCUCUUCUGCCUGGUUUUUGCCUGCGUGGUCAAGCCCAACUUCUCCACCUGCGCCUCACGGCGCUUCCUCUUUGGGGUCCUCUUCGGGAUCUGCUUCUCCUGCCUGGUGGCCCACGUCUUCGCCCUCAACCUCCUGGCAAGGAAGAACCAUGGCCCCCGGGGCUGGGUGACCUUUGCAGUGGCCCUCCUGCUGGCUGCGGUGGAGGUGGUCAUCAACACAGAGUGGAUGGUCAUCACCCUGGUCCGGGGCGGGGGGCCGGCAGGCCACCCUGGAAAUGACAGUGGGGCAGGGGCCACCUCCUGCGACGUGGCCAACGCCGACUUCGUCAUGGCGCUCAUCUAUGUGAUGCUCCUUCUGCUGGUGGCCUUCGUUGGGGCCUGGCCCCCUCUCUGUGGUGGCUUCAAGCGGUGGCGGAAGCACAGCUUCUUCCUCCUGCUUACCACCACUGCAUCCAUAGCCAUCUGGGUGGUCUGGAUUGUCAUGUACACCUAUGGGAACGAGCGGCGAGCCGGCCCCACCUGGGAUGACCCCACGCUGGCCAUCGCCCUGGCUGCCAACGCCUGGACCUUCCUCUUCUUCUACGUCAUCCCCGAGGUCUCCCAGGUGACCAAGUCCAGCCCCGAGCAGAGUUACCACGGGGACGGCUACCCCACCCGCGGGGUGGGCUAUGAGACCAUUCUGAAAGAGCAGAAGGCUCAGAGCAUGUUUGUGGAAAACAAGGCCUUCUCCAUGGAUGAGCCUUCCUCCGCCAAGAAGCCUGUGUCUCCAUACAGCGGAUACAAUGGACAGAUGCUGACCAGUGUGUACCAGCCCACGGAGAUGGCUCUGAUGCAUAAAGGCCCUUCGGAAGGGCCCUAUGAUGUCAUCCUCCCCCGGGCCACUGCCAACAGCCAGGUGUUGGGCAGCGCCAACUCCACCCUGCGAGCCGAAGACGUGUUUGCCGCCCAGAGCCGCCAGGCCCCGGGGCCACACAAGGACAAGAAUCUGCAGGUCUAUACCAACCCUUAUGUGUGGGACUGAGCCCACCGCGUGGACGAAUGAAGCAGCCGGGAGGGGCGAGCUGCCCUGGGACUCCUGGGUUCUCUCCACUGCCGACUCACUGGACAGCCUUGAGGGGAAUCUAUUGGCAUAGCUCCCCGUGCCUCAAUUUCCCCUCUGCCUGCCAAAGGGUGGAUGAGAAUUCCAGACUCCUCCCUGCUUCACAGUGUUUUAAGUAUAAGGAGCUCGCUCUGGAGGCCAUGUUGAGAGAAACUCAUCACGUCAACAGCCACUGGCCCCGCCCUCCAUCCGGCUUGAAGGAGCCCAUGAGCUCAGAGCCUUGCUCAGAGCCGGUGACACGGACUAUUCCGAGCCUUGCUCCUCUGUGAGGAACAGGGGAAGUCUAAUAAAAUGCAUUAUUGCUUUAUAUUUCUUCUGGGCCUGAGUCGUUCCGAUCUGGGCUGCUGUCAGCUGUCCUCCUUCCCUUUAAGUCUUCUCCCUGUCUGGACUUCUGGUGUAUCUCUUUGAGAUGAACACUUUCCCAGUAGACUGUAAGAUCCUCAUGGGGAGGAGUUACAGCUACCAACCUGGUUGUAUUGUACUUUCCCAAGUGCAUUGCUCUGUACACAGUAAGCGCAUAUUAAGCGCUCAAUAAAUAUCAUUGAUUGAUCUAUUGAUUGAUGAAUGCUCAAUAAAUACAACUGAUUGAUGCCCUGGAUCCCACCUAGACGUUGCCUGAUUGAAACAAGAGUCUGUCAAUUGAUUCAGUAUCCACAGCCUUCCCUCUCCCUGCUCAUGCACGGUUUUGGGUUUUUUUUCCAAAUAUCGAAAUGCGUACCGUAUUUCCUCGCAUAAUCGCCCCCGACAUAAUUACCUACCUGCUCCUGGGUUCUCAGAGAGGAAAUCAAAAAUGAUUUCUGUAAGCAGCGAGAGCGGUAGGGGCUGGGGUGGGAAGAGGAUUCCAUGGUGUUGGGUUGUUGUGGAUAAAGCAGCUGGAGAUGUGUGAACUCCAAGUUAGAAAGAGGAUGGUCAGACUUCGACCCU